AUAAUAGCCAUUGCUUUGUUUUAGCUAAUAAACUUGGGGUCUGAGCCAUGUGUUCAUAAUGAAUUAUUUAUCGUUUGUUAGAUCGCAAGCGUGACGUGAUAGUGACCGCUAAGAGUAUAGUGACCGAGUCACGCGAGGUUGCCGAGCUCGCUGGGAAACUCGCACACGAGUGCACUGACGUCAGGAUCAAAACCAACUUAUUGAAAAUAUGCGAGAGAAUUCCCACAAUCAGCGGGCAGCUGCAGAUGUUGGCCACAGUCAAAGGAUCACUCGGACACCAAGGUUUAAAAGAAGAUCAAGAAGAUAUGAACAUGUUAGUUGCUAACGCGCAGAACCUCAUGCUGAGUGUGCAAGAAGCCGUGAGCGGUGCAGCGAGCGCGUCCGUCAAGAUAAUGUCGCAACGUUGCGGACCGAGGAUAAGAUGGGUGCGCAACACUUACUACUGACCUCCACCUUAUCAAACGCUUUAUUUAAGCCAAAGUCAAAUAUUAUAUUAUAUUUUUUUAAUAAAAUACAACAAUAUUAACUUGAUGUGUUUCUUUUCUUGACAUACGUAAUAAUAACUUCCGAGACUUGACACCCAGAUUUGUUUUAAAGAUCGUGAAGAAAAAACAAUAAUUUAAAAGUGAUAAAGAAAUUUGGCAAUUUACGAAAUUUCAUUUUCUUGUUAUUAUGCCUUUUCUUAUAUACUUGUAGCCGCGGUGCAGGCAGCAGGCAACAAGCGUCGCGCGCCAAUCGAGCGGCUUAGUUUAACACAUUUAAAUCACACAGACAUUUAAAUUAGUACAUAUGUUAUCGUUUAAACAAAUUAUUAUAAAAAAUAAUGUUUGAUCAUAUAUUUUCACUUUAAACAGUAUUUUUUUUUAUUAUAUGUUAAAUCAUACCCGACUAGACAUAUAGCAAAUUUUUCUAAUAUACCUAAGUAUAAAAAUAGCAGUAGGGAUCUC